AUGUGUGGUAUUCUAGGAAUAGUGCUCGCUGACCAAUCAGCUAACGUGGCACCCGAGUUAUUUGAAGGUGCCAUGUACCUCCAGCAUCGGGGUCAAGAUGCAGCUGGAAUCGUUACUUGUGGUUCUCGAGGAAGAUUGUACCAGUGCAAGGGUAACGGUAUGGCGCGUGACAUUUUCAAUGAACAACGUAUGGCCAACUUGAUUGGAAACAUGGGGCUUACUCAUUUACGUUAUCCUACGGCUGGAUCUAGUGCUGGAAGUGAAGCCCAGCCAUUUUACGUCAAUUCUCCAUAUGGAAUCUCGUUGUCACAUAACGGAAACUUGGUCAACUCACUCGACUUGAGAAAGUAUUUGGAUGAAACCGUACAUCGUCAUAUCAACACCGAUUCCGAUUCCGAAUUAUUGAUCAAUAUCUUUGCUUCUGAGUUGGAAAGAUUCAACAAGCUGCGUGUGAACAACGCCGAUCUCUUUCUGGCGUUGGAGGGCACCAUGAAGCACGUUAGAGGAGCGUACGCAUGUGUGGCUAUGUUGGCAGGUUACGGAAUUAUUGGGUUCAGAGACCCCAAUGGUAUCCGACCUCUUUUGUAUGGAGAAAGAAAACUUGCCAAUGGAAAGUCUGACUAUAUGAUUGCCUCAGAGUCGGUGGUUUUGAAGGCACAUGGAUUCGACAACUUUAGAGACGUCAAUCCAGGAGAAGCGGUGAUUAUUCUCAAAGAUGGAUCGAAGCCAGAAUUCAAACAGCUUGUCGAACCCAAGAUUUUUGCACCAGAUAUUUUCGAGUAUGUCUACUUCUCGAGACCAGAUUCUGUUCUUGAUGGGGUUUCAGUGUACCAUUCGAGAAUUGAAAUGGGAAACAAGCUUGCUGCAAAAGUUGCCAAUUUUUUCACCGACAAGAAAAUCACCGACGAGAUCGAUGUGGUGAUUCCAGUGCCCGAUACCGCUCGUACGUCGGCGUUACAAUGUGCUGUAUCGUUGAACAUUCCGUACCGUGAAGGGUUUGUCAAAAACAGGUAUAUUGGACGUACAUUCAUCAUGCCCAACCAGCAAGAAAGACGUUCUUCGGUUCGCAGAAAAUUGAAUGCUAUGGAGUCCGAAUUCAAAGGCAGAACGGUUUUGUUGGUGGACGACUCCAUCGUGAGAGGUACCACGUCGAAGGAAAUUGUUCAAAUGGCCAGAGAAGCCGGAGCUAAAAAAGUGUAUUUCGCAUCGUGCGCUCCACCCAUCAGAUUCAACCAUAUCUACGGAAUUGACUUGGCAGACACCAAGGCUCUUGUAGGGUUCAACAGAGAUGAAGAAGAGAUAGCCAAGGUGAUUGGAGCCGACGAGGUAUUUUACCAAGAUUUACAAGACUUGAUAGACUGUUGUAAGAGCGACACCAUCAAACAAUUCGAGGUUGGAGUUUUCACAGGUAACUACAUCACCGGUGUCGAAGACAACUAUUUGCAAGAAUUGGAGAAAAUUCGUGCCCAAAACCAGCGGAUUCGAGAUGCCAAAAAAGGCUUGAGUGUCGAUGCAUGCAUCGAUGCCAGCGACAUGGUGGAUGUGAAAGCCGAGGUGGACAUCAGCAUCUACAAUCGAGGCGACUACGCAUAA